AUGAGAGGUCAACGGUAUAGGGAAUUUCCUACGCACGGCGACGGCGCAUGUGGCAUUCAUGCGCUCGUCGGAGAAACAACUCGAGCAGGUGAGCUGCGACAUAAGAAACCCAGAGAUUUCUUACGAGGAACGUUCGGCGAGACCGCAGAGGAAUUUCGCAGAAAGUGUAGGAACGUGCAAGUUGUGGAAGAUGUCAUCAAUUGGGUGUGGAAGCAGGUCAUUAAGCCGCAGGCGCAGAAACACGCAAAUUUGACUGAUCGAGAUCUUGGCAUGAUGUACGAAGAAAAAAAGGUGUGGAAGAACGCUAAGAAAAAGGAUGUCGCCUUCGAUGCGUGCGUGAGCGCUGUAAAGCUGGAGCGCAACGCCCUGUCCGUGUUCACGGAGAAACGCGAAGCAGUGGCAUUGGCGCUCAGAAGCUUAUGUCAGGAUGAAAUGAAAGAGGUUUUUCUGCGUACGCUGCUUGUUCACAUGGAUAUACUUGAUGAUUACGAUCGUGUCAACGAUGGUGGGUAUCGUAAGAUUGAUAUUGUUGGCGCCGACAGUGACCUCGGACAGCAUUACCGACGUGGCAUCAUCGAGUAUUCUGGCGUUUCUAACAUGAAUGUUCUUUUGAGGCACCUGGAGGCAACUGUGAACGACUUGCAGAAUGCGGAUGUGGAUAAGGCAUUUGGCGCUGGAGUUGGACGCUUUGUUGACCUGGUGAGAGAGAUCAAUAUCACGCGGGACACCGGAUACCCUGGGCACGACAUGGAUGGCGUGAAUUCCGAGUCCAGGAUGGGCGCGCGUUUGCGCGAGCGAUACAAGCAGAAGUACCCGGACAAGUGCGGGACUGUUCGGUUCAUCCCGAAGGCGGUGGAGGACGCUGUUCGGCAUUUGAAGGGCGCCACAGAAUCGAUCGUGCAGGACAAAGUUGCAACCCCUCCCGAGGCACCCAAGAACACGCAGGAGUGGGAAAUGACGUCGAGGCCACAUCAUAUCGUUCCUGAGCGAAGCAGUCGCAGCCAGGCCAACAUCCACGAGAACUACACGCACAUGUUCAACAAGUUCGGAGAUUUGCAGAUUACAACUGGCACUGAGAUGACUGACCAGUUCAACGCGUGGUAUUCAGACAUGGCAUUCCCCUACACCCUGCCCUGCGCGGUCGGCGGCUACGACGUUCCACAUCGGCCUCGCCGGCGCAGGCCCGAAGACAAAGACCUCCCACAGCACGAGGCGGCCUCGUUCGACAAGGCCCUGUCUGUGGUCUGCCCGUGGCGCCACGAGCUCCGGGACCAGCUGCCGCGAGGCUCCCUCGAGGUGCUCGGCAAGCAGCACGGCAUCCCCCGCAGGGGCCAGGCGCACACCGCCGGGAGCGACGCGCUCCUGACGCUGGAGCUCUUCCUCCAGCUGGAGUACGCCGCGUACCUCUGCAAGGAGAACUGGAACCCCAGCCCGUGGGCAGAGGACUACAAGUGGGACGGCGACGACUUUCCUUGGGGGCCUUCGAGCGACUGGUCUACGAUGAGCUUCGCGAACGAUACUCCUCACGCGCAUCGGGAUACCUGGUGGGACUCCCACCCCCACCCGCACGGCAUCGCCUACGCCUGGCGAGAGCCGGCGCCCCAGCUGCACGCGUGGCCGAGCUCGUACGGCUCGGCCGCCGACUGGUAUUCCUCCUGGGGCUUGGCGUGA